ACGAAAAUUUCCACUGGAGAAACCGCAACGCAUAGCCUACCCUGAAUACUGCAAAAGCUGAGCCUGGACGGACUAGCCUGCACCUUCGUCAACACAAUCAUACACUCGGGUUCAUGCCGGAAGAUGUCAAGGUUGCAAUAUCGAAAAUAAAGCUGUUUUAGUUUAGAUAAUUUGAGAAUUAAUAACUAAUUUUUAUUUCAAAGCGCUAGUUGUGCAGUCACCUUUGGUGUCCGAGGAGGAUUUUGGAGCUCGAGCUAUCCUACUCGCAUGUGCUGCAUCAUUUUGGGAGGUCACACUGGCUUGCGGGACUUUGCAAGACGGGAGACCGAAGACUGAGCAGGACAGGGCUGUUUGCACCUUCAGGCACUGAUCACCAAGAGUCCCAGGAGCACUGGCCCUGAGCAGUCAGUCAUGAGUGCUCAGGAGGUGCCCACCAAUCCUGGACAGGAGCAGGUUGACGCAGGGGGUGGAGUCCCAGAUGGCCCCUCUCCUACCACCACCACCACCUCCGCCACCCUUGCUGUCCCGGUCACGAUAAAGAAGGAGCCUGACAUGCAGGGAGCCAGUAACGGGAAAGCUGUGCCAGCCGAGAUCUGCGUGGUCCUCGGAGGAGGAGGAACAGCAGCAGCAGGAGGAGGAGGAAGGUCGCGCAAUGACCAGACCCAAGGCUCCUACGUUUGCGGGAUUUGUGGGAAGAAAUACAAGUACUACAACUGCUUUCAAACACAUGUCCGUGCACACAGAGAGUCCGACAGCAUGCCAGGAGAGGGGGCACCACCAACUCCCAACAAUAGCUUCCGCUACUCCUGUGACAUCUGCGGGAAGAAGUACAAAUACUACAGCUGCUUCCAGGAGCACCGCGACCUGCACGCUGUGGACGACCCUUACGAGCAGGUUGUUCUAGGACCUGUGGAAGACGUCAAGGAGGAGGAGCCAGUGGAACCCUUUCAGAAAGUAGGACCAAAAACGGGAAGCUACGAGUGUGAGUUCUGUGGGAAGCAGUACAAGUACUUCAACCCAUACCAGGAGCAUGUGGCUCUUCACCAACCAAUGAAUUUCUCCUUUGAUAAUAUGAAGUCGCCUCGAUCACGUGGAAGUGUGGAUGGAAACAUGGACGUUAGCAAAUACAGUGCCACUAAAUUAGAAACAGACAGUUCCUUUAGUCGGAAAAUGGAGCGCAAAACCCAGUCCAGCCUGGUGGACACCAACAGUUCCCAGAACUCAAGCGGUACUCCAAGCCCCCUGGUGGCCGGUUCGUUCCCUGCAUCACAGAAACCCUACACAUGUGGCGCCUGUGGCAUCCCGUUCCAGUUCUACAACAACCUGCUGGAGCACAUGCAGUCCCACGCUGCGGAUAAUGAGAACCACACCAAAGGGGGGUCUCCAAAGACAUCACCGGGCCCAGCCUCACAGGACCAACUGUGGAGGUCCCCCCAGCCCCAGCAUCAGGCCCAAGCUCAAAUAGUUCAAGUCCAGAUACAGGCUCAGCCCCAGCCUACACAGAGAAACCACUACACUAACCAAAACAGUGGUGGACUACCGGAGAAGGAAAGGCAGCAGGUGGCCGAGCGUCUCCUCAGGGUAAUGUGUACAGACCUGGGCGUGCUCAACAUGCUCAACAGUAAGGACUUCCUGAAGCUGGCCCAGACUCUGGUGGACACGGGCGCCCGCCACGGUGCCUACUCCACCCGCGAAGCCCUGGGCAACAUGAGCUCACUGGCCCUGCGCCAGCUUCCCCGCAUGUACAACCAGAUCAAGGUGAAGGUGACCUGCGCCCUGGGCUCCAACACCUCACUGGGCAUCGCCGUCACCUGCCACUCCCAGACAGUGGGGCCUGACGCCUGCCUAGUGCUGACAGCCUACCAGGUGGAGGGGUCCAGGCUCAAGCGCUAUGUUCUAGGUGUCAAGGAGGCAGACCUGAGGGAGGGACCCGAGCAGGUACACCAGUGGACCCAGAACGUGCUGUCGGAGUUCGUCAUGUCGGACAUCCGCACGGUGUACGUGACUGAGCCGAGGGUGUCUGGGGUGGGGGGCUCGCCGCUGGGUGGAGGCGGGCGGGGGAGGGUGUGUCUGCGAUGCGCCGGGUGCUCGCUAGGUGUAGUGGUCCAGGCGGUGCUGGGGAAGCGCAGCCUGCAGGCGCGGGGGCUCCACGAAUUGACUGAGCUGCUGGCUGCCUGCCGUGACAUUGCUGCCUCCACCAGCCUCUCGUUACGUGACGACUCCACCAGUGCCACCAUGGAUGAGGGCACGUCUAACCCCUCCGCUCCCCCCAGGCCUAGCCCCACCCCUCCCUGCUGGGACCGCACGGCUGAGGCCCUGCUUCAGGUGCAUGCCCACUUUGAGCAGAUAUGUGAGGCAUAUGGGAGGAGUAAGGCCACAGCUUCCACGCUGCAGGGCCUCAACAAACACCUGCUGGGGACGCUGGCCUGCCUGCUGGCCCCUCUACGCCUUGCCGCCCUGGAGCUCAGCAGUCAGAGGAGGCCCACCCUGCAGCAGGUGCUACCUGUGUACCUGCGACUGGAGAAACUGUUCACCUCCAAGGCUGGGGAGGUGGGGACCGCCAGCAAGCUCUGCCACUACUUCCUGGAAGCCCUGAAGGAGAACUUUAAGGUGGAGAAAGCCCACCAGGUAGCCAUGGUCCUGGAUCCUCAGCUGAAGCUGCGUCCCGUCCCAGCCUACCAGCAUGAGGAGAUCAUCGCCCGCGCCUGCGAGAUGGCCACAGACCCCCACGAUGGGGGGCAAGCCACCGGCGGGGGGUCCGGAGGUGAGGAUGUGGAUGGACCCUCAACACCCAAACGGCUUCGAGUGAACGUCCCCGGCAGCGGAGUGAACGCCAGAGGGGUAGUAGCCGUGUCAUCGGAGGCAUCGUCAGAUGAAAGCCAGACCCAGGUGAGACAGGAGGUUUUCCAGUAUCUGGCUGAACCGCUCCUCCAGGGCACCACCCCAGACCUCUUCCACUACUGGAGCACCGCGGUGGGUGACCGCUUCCCCAGACUGGCACGCCUAGCACUGUGGCUGCUGGCCGUGCCUGCCGUGGGCAUCCGCAGCGAGUGUGUGAGCGUGUGUGAGCAGAGCCUGGCCAUGAAGAGGAGACAGCAGGUCACCACUGAGGAGAUGAACAAACUCAUCUUCCUGCGCUCCAACAUGGCCUGAACGUUAGUCUGACCACCAACGCUGACCUAACCAUGACCUCUCCACCAAUGACUACAGCCCAUCUACAUAGGGAUAGGGGAACCCUGAGGGGCCAUACUCAUGAACUUUUGCUUAGACCCAAGGUUUAUACCUUUAGUCUAAAAUGGCUAGCUGCUAGCGUUUCUCAUAGGCCAACCUGACACAAUUAGCUAUGAUGCUGAGCACAUCAUUAAGUCCUGAAAAAGAUUCUGUAUCGGCCAAUUCAAAUCAUUGACAUAGUUGGACGUGAUCCAGCACAUUUUCACGAAAGCGUCCUUACCAGAAGUCCACCGGCAAGUUAGUAACUAGCUAGUUCAGUGUAGAGCGUCUAGUUCCUGACAAUUGUCACAACUUGCGGCGUAGGUUCAAGUCCCCCAUGGGAUGUUUUAUUUUAUCAAACACCUGGACUGGUUGGAUACUGUUCAAGAAGGUGAGGAAUAGGGGGAUCUUCUCAAGAUGCUGAUCUGGUUAGUGCCAAAUGCAACAACCAAGAAUUAUCAGCAGUUGAAUUUGCUUAAAAUUCCUAGGAUAAAUGUCAAGGAUUGUAAGGGUGUUGCAUAUGGUGCUAGCUAGUAACCUCUAUUAUUCGUUGAGCCUUAAAGAUCUCUCUCUUUCGCUGAUUCACUUCUAGCCUAGUCUCGUCCACCAGCCGGCUCUGCUUCUGUCGAACAGUCUGGUUUCACAGCACCUCAGAAUGAGACUUGACUGGAAGUCUAUGGCAGGAGUGGAUGAAACAAGCACUGGUUUUAAUUGACUGGUCUCUUUCCAUCACCAUCUAACCAUUUAGAUCCUCCUCCCUACAUAGUGGACUUCAAAGCAUGAGCAGCGCAACUAAUUUAAACAAGGAAGUAAGUUCAGAAAAUCUGAAAGUAUGCAUCUUAUAAAUGGUUUUCACAUAUCAAAGUUAUAUGCCCGAACUCCGAAUCAACUGGUUUUCCCAAAAGUAAUAUGGUCAAUGUGAUAACAUUUUAUUUGGAUAUUUUUCAAUGUCCCAUGUAAUACAGCUGUAGCGGCUCACUCGCUCUACAUCGACAUAUAAUUAAUUUAGCAGACAUUCUUAUCCACAGCGACUUACAGUACUGGGUGCAUACAUUUGUAUAUAUUUUUGUUCAUACUGGUCCCCCGUGGGACUCGAACCCCCAGUCCUGGCAUUGCAAGUGCCAUGCUCUACCAACCGAGCUACACGGGACCACAGGACCUCUCUCCUCGAUUUUAACCACACACUUUUCAAGUCCCACUUUAUUGCACUGUGUUACCAGGCGAGGUUACUUCUGACCUUAGACGUCAUAGUCAACAUCAUGCCUUCACAUGAUCAAAUUGCCUUCUUUUCACAGUUUCAUCCAUGGCUUAAAGUUGUCUGAAUUUAGUAACUACUUGAAGGACUAAGCUAGGCAUACAUUAGACAACGAUACAAAUCUUUACGUCGUUGGCGCACUCACAUUAUGCAAAUUGUCUGCAUAAUCUUGUCACCCUGAUGUCUGCGACAGGUGUGCUCACAUUACACCAGUUUGCUCACAUUGCGACAUGUCUAGACCCCUCCCUGUCCUGCUAUUUCCAGAUGUGUCAUGGCCACCUCCUACUAUGUGGCUGUAGCUGAGCAACGGAGGACAAGUUGCAAGUCACAUCGUAGCACCCCCCUCACUACGCAAGAUACGACUGAAAGUUUUGAGCAGAAAUAUAAUUGGGACCUAGACUGCGGAUCGGGACAGUGUAAACCCACAAUCGCACUUAUUUCACCCAAUCACAUUAUGCGACCUACGACAUCUUGGUUGGAGUUUACAACAUCACGAUUUACCUGCGAUUGUAGUGGAUCCCAAUUGUGGCAAAAUCUCAGUUUAUAAUCGUAUGAUGUAUGGUCAGCUUAAGGCGUGGCCUUCGGUGGUUGUGUAUGGCCUGGCUUCAGAUUCAUUCUGGACAAUGUUGCGAUUAGACUCCACUGAGUGACUACUGAAUGACUUGACAGUUGGGGUGGGUAUGUUUGGGAGCUCGUUGGCCUGAUUGCCCCAGGCUUGUUAGUGGCAUCUUUCUACUUUUUCAAUGUGGCGUCUUUCUACUUUUUCAUUGUGGUGUCUUUCAGUCUGGUCCUCAAUUGUCCUUAGCCAUGUUGUUUUUAGACCGUCUUCCGCUACACCAAGCAUGUGUCUUUAUGUACUAUGUCAGUUUCUCAUAUUUAUUAGUCUUUCUUAGACAUUUGUUGUUUGUACUUUUCACAUCAAAGAUAGACCCAUGUGUUCAUUUAUCCAAAAGCAAAUAGUCCAAAGAAACUUACUGGUGUGGCUGUUAUGGUUUCAUGCUUUUAAUUAAUGCACUGGAUUUGUUUAUGAUUUCGAUUGAAGGAUUAAAUGUUUUGGCAAUGUAUGUUCAUCCUUCCCCGCACUUGAAUUUUGUCUGUCCUCCGUUCAGAGACACUUUCUAAUUUAGGAGUUGAGUGUGUGAAAUUGUUGUUGCCUUUGUACAAACUUGCACAAAUUAGUUGCAAUGUGCAUAACAUCUCAAAUGGCUUGACCAAUACUACACUGCUCAAAAAAAUAAAGGGAACACUUAAACAACACAAUGUAACGCCAAGUCAAUCACACUUCUGUGAAAUCAAACUGUCCACUUAGG